AUGCAACCGUACCAAACACCUAUCCUGUAUGGGGCAGAUAGCAACAGUCUUCAAGUAUUUGAAAUGGCAUGCCUCCGUCGCAUAAUGAGGGUGACAAGACUAGACAAGCUCCGAAACACGCACAUCAAAGAAUCCCUCAACCUCGAACAAGAUGUCAUGGACAAAGUCUCGACUAAAAGACUCAAAUAUUUUGGUCACGUCCUACGAAUGAAACCCACAAGAUACCCCAAAAUUGCUGUUGAAGGAAACGUCGCAGGAAAUCGACCCAGAGGCCGUCCACCCAAAAGAUGGCUUGACUGCAUCUCAGAGGACUGCAAAGCAAGAUCCAUAUCAAGGCUGACAGAUGCAUCAAGAUUGGCUGCAGACAGAAAGACUUGGCAUACCAUCACCAUACAGAAGCCUUUACGAAGCCCUUGGCCUGCGUGGACGGCAUAA